AUGUCUACCUACACCGCCCAUCCCUACGCAGCAAACCAACAGUAUGCCUAUGGCUACCAGGAUCCAUACCAUGGUCAGCAGCAGCAGCAGGCACAGUCUGCAUAUUAUCAACAGCAACAGGCCGCAUACUACCAGCAGCAGCCAAAGCUCCAGCCCGUCGGCCAGCCCUUCCCCGCACUCAACGCUGGCUCCACCCCCGGCCCCGGCGCCUACACCCCGCUCCCCCAACAGGCCGCCGCCGUCCGGCCCAUCACGCCCGUCCAAGCCCAGCCUGUCCAGCGCCGGCACACCUCCUCCGACCACGGACGUCACCACCAGAGCUCCACAAACCGCCAUGCCUCGACGUCCUCCAGCCACCACAGGGCAUCGUCACAGCAGGCCCGCCCCCUCCGCUCCGCGAUGAAGCCCCCGAAGCCACCCAAAUCGCACGCCCACGGGGAACCCAUAUCGGCCUACCCAGCCCUGGCGCCUACCAAGGAGACCAUCGCGCCUCUGCAGAAGGUGCCCACACUACAGCGAGCCCGAUCUAGAGACACCGAACGGCCACGGCUGGACUCGAUGCGCUCACGGACAGGCUCGUCUGCAGCCGCAGCCGCGAGAUUCGAGAUGAUACCGAGCCAACUAGCACAUUUGUUUGUGACGAUCAAGUCCCCCGACGUGCUCGAAGUGCAAAACAUCACAUCCGCCGAGCUCGGUAUGCAUAUCGAGAAUCUGUGCAAGUACUGGCAUCGGACGGCGAAUGUGGAGAGAGAUAGCUAUUCUCUGCGUGCGAAGUUCGUCGGGCGGCCCUUCGCGUCUACCGGUCCGGAUUUGAUACAAGCGCAAAAUAUGAUCAUUGGCCUGUUCAAGUUAUUAUCAGCCUAUGGUUAUCUCGCCUUGACGUCUGUACAUACAAACGCCGGCUCUACCGCGCCUCGUCUGGUGUUCCAGCGAGAUCAUCCGGAUCCUACGUGCGAGUUCCUGGCCAUGUGCAUGGACCCUCACGGCAUGACCUUCGUUGGCGCGCCAGACGAGAUUGUCCAAAACCUCACCUUGCAUCUCAACGGCAUAUUUCGCAAGGCAUUUGAAGAUAUCAAUAAUGGCGACGGCUCGUACAGUAUUCGCCGACGAGAAGAUGCCCCAUCGCUGCAGCCUGGGCUCAGUUCGCCGGAGGGCCGAAGCCUGGUCUUCUCCGUCAUCUUGAAGUUCAUGAACGACGAGUACUUCAAGCUGGAUGCCAGUAUCGCGUUCGGGCGAACGGGCCUUUUCGGACUCGGCCCGCGCAAAGAGGCGUGGAUCUUCAAGACCUCGCCACGUUGGGUGCACGCCAGAACCGAAACGCAGUAA